CUAACCAAGCUAUCGACUCUUUUCACAGACACUCUCUCUAUCCCUGACCCUUUUACCUUCUCUGCUCGACCAGUUUACAGAAGUAUUCUGAGCUUCCCUGAUCUAAGGAGGAUGACUUUGCAGAAAAGGAUUGUGUUCAAACUGCAUUUCAACUGUGAGAAAUCACAGAGCAAGGCACUCCAGAUUGCUGCAGGGACUGAGGGUGUCAACUUUGUGGGACUCGAAGGAGAAUGUAAAGAGUAUUUGGUGGUGGUGGGAGAUAGAGUCAAUCCAGAGAAGUUGACCAUCAACUUGAGGAAGAAACUUAAGAUGGUAGAGCUCCUAAGUGUUGAUACUGAGGAUUCAGAUUGAGUUGGAACAAGGCGCCGCUGCAUGCUAGGCCUAACCAAAUUCUGGAAGAAAGAAGAAACUAAAGGGUUGGUAGUAUUUCCCAAACCAUGCUUGGGAACUAAACAUUGAAGAAACCAUUGAUCUGUUUCUAAAUUCUACUGAUUCCCAAUUGUUAUUCGCUUCUAUCUAUGCUGUUUAUGAUGCUUUGAGAAUGUUAUUCAACAGAAUGUUCAGCAGAUUAUUCCAACUGUUCCAUUGGCAUGG